AUGGCGCUCCGACCUGACCACGCCCAUUCUUCAGAUUUCACAUCUGUGACAUCACAUCGCCAGAUGUUUUUCGCGCUGUCGAGUAUUGAUAUUCUAAUUGGUUUUAGUGUUCUUCAAUAUGUGAGCUCAAAGCAUGGUCGGGCGAUGAAGUUCUAUGAGAAAACAGGCGAAAUUUCCGGCAACAUGGAAAGUGGUUCCAAUGAUUAUAAUAAGAAGUAUGAGAAGAAUAUCAGUGAGCUGCUCGACAGGUUGAUAGCCAGUCAUGACAGGAGAAUUCGCCCGAAUUACGGAGGGCCGCCAAUUGAAGUGAACAUCACAGCACACAUCACAACAAUCAGUUCGAUUACGGAAGUGUCAAUGGACUAUACCCUCGAUCUAUAUUUACGCCAGAUAUGGAAAGACCCGCGGCUUGCGUGGGAAAGCGACGUGCAGUCAUCGCUGACUAUAGGAGUCGACAUGGUAAAAUCGAUUUGGACUCCCGACACCUUCUUUCCAAAUGAGAAGAAGUCGUUUUUCCAUGAGGCCACCUCACACAACUCAUUCUUACGGAUUGACAAUCAAGGAAACGUUCUUCGAAGUGUUCGCCUUACCUUCCCACUGGACAUCCAGGAAUGCUCACUAGAAAUCGAGAGCUAUGGCUACUCGACGCGGGAUAUCAUCUACCACUGGAACGGUCGCAGGGCCGUUAUCAUCGACGAGAACGUGUAUCUGGCCCACUUCUCGAUUGCUGACCACCAUUAUGUGGAACGCAUCAUAUCGUUAAGUACAGGGAACUACUCACGUCUCUCCGCCUACUUUACAUUCAAGCGAAACAUUGGUUUCUACCUGAUCCAAAUCUAUUUGCCUUCAUCGUUGAUCGUCGUGAUCUCUUGGGUGUCGUUUUGGCUGAACAGAGAAGCCGUUCAGGCUAGGGUGGCUAUCGGAGUGACAACAGUGCUAACGAUGACUACUCUCAUGACGAGCACCAACGCCACUUUGCCAAAGGUGAGCUAUGUGAAAAGCCUCGACAUCUACCUAGGAAUAUGCUUCUUCAUUGUCUUCGCCUCGCUGUUGGAAUACGCAGCGAUCGGUUAUCUGAUGAAACAAAAACGUCUGAAAGCCUCGCCCGUGCAGUAUCACGAGACCAGCGAUGGAGUCCUGGAAAGGGAAGAUGCUUGGCGGGACGUUGAAAAUGGUCGCGGAAAGCGAGUACAGAUUAAAAUUGAACCUCAAAUGGAUCAAACAAUUCCAUUGCUAUCGGUAGUAUCGAGUAUUUCGUACACAUCGAAGCCAGCGUGGAUGAGUAUCCGUCCUUCACAGGUGGAUCUCUUCUCACGAUUUGCAUUUCCAACGUUCUUUCUUCUCUUUCACCUAGUUUAUUGGGGAUUCUACCUAAACAUCUGA